UUUCAUUUUCGUUAUUAAACCCGGGAAUUGUCAGUAAGGAACUUUGGGAAGAAAAGAUGAGAGCAGAAUUGGAAAUGGCGGAAAAGAAAAUCAAAAUGAAAAAAGCCGCGAAAGCCGCCAGUGCGAAGCUGCCCGAGCUCAAGAUAACCCCUUUCAAGGGCACUCCAGUUGACUGGAUCAGGUUUCAGAACAUGCUUACAUCACAAAUACACGACAAACCAUUAUCCGAUGAAGAGAAAUAUGGAUAUCUUUUGGAGCUGGUGGCCCCUAAGGUGAGAAGUAGAUUAGCUAAUUUAAAGCCGGGUGCACUGGGGUACAAAACUGCAUGGGACAGGUUGAAGACUGAGUUUGGACAGAGUAAAACUGUUGUCGCUACACACAUGGAAGAGAUAAUUAACUUGCCAGUGACCAGAGGAUCAAAUUACGAAAGGGUGUGCGAAUUUUAUGAGAAGUUGAGCAAGAAUUUUGACGCAUUACAAACUUUGGGGGAGGGAGAGAUGCUCAAGGGUUUCGUUCUGUCAACCUUAAACAAGCUCCCCCAAGUGAAACCCGAUCUGGUGAGGACAGAUGAGGGGUGGGAAGAUUGGAACAUGGAAAAGUUGAUUGAUUCUAUCCAAAAAUGGCUCAAGUGCAACAAGACCGAAGACAAUUAUAAGGAUCGAACAGAUACAAAGAGAAAGAACGCCAUCACUUUAACCAGAAGGACCCCCACUGCCUGUUCUGCAACCAAAACCGCUGGGGAGAUUCGUGCCCAACAUACAACAAAAUCGCGAAACGGAGGGAAUUCUUUAUAGCAAAACAGCUAUGUUACAAUUGCGCCUGCUCAGGGCACACUGCGAAAGAAUGUUGUAGCAGGGGAUGCUAUAGGUGCAAGAGCAAACACCACACCAGCUUGUGUGAUAAGCCUAAGGGGAACAAGACGUAGGAUCCCAACGCCACUCUAAGCAGAUACACCCCAUCCGUUGAGGAAAAGUCCCUACCUGCCAUAGUACCACUGAAAAUCUGGGGGACAAUGUUCUGGGCAUAUCUAGACACAGGCUCAACUUACAGAAGAAUCAAGAUGGAGUGCUAGAGUGUUGAGGACGAUUGCAAGGCAUAUAUCCGAUUUACGUCCCAGACUCUACAGUCUUUGCAGAGAAGUUGGUGCAACUAGCACAUCUGGCCACUCUGGGAGUGAGCCUC